AAAAAGCGUCGGUCCUCAAAGCCAACCACCUCAGUUCUGUUUCAAUACUCGAACACUUUGCUAACGAGAAUCACUAACUAAUCGCGCACACAAUUUAUUUACCAUUGUUUCAACAAGUCUGACUUAACAGUAAGAAGCUAUUCUAACCUGAUUGUAGUCAUACAUAAAAGUGGAACACGUAUCAUCAUUUAUCAUCAUUUGUGUCAGUCAAAGUAAACUAAUUAACGGAAAUUCAUAAUGUUGAAAACUGGAGAAAUCGGAGUGAAGAAGGUCAUGAUGGGAGGAGUUUUGCAAGCAAUUCGUCCCCUGAGCACCACCACCCCCACCGCGACCCCCGCCCUUAGUCAACUCGCCAUCGAGAGGAUUGCACGCACGGGUCGCGACUGGAAGGAAAAUCCGAGAUGGAGAGGCAUCACGAGGUGUUACACCCCCGAGGACGUGGAAAGAAUCCGGGGUUCGGUCGACAUUGAGUACACCUUGGCCAAACGUGGGGCCGACCGUCUGUGGAGUCUUUUGCAUAAGAGACCAUUCAUCCGCUCGCUCGGAGCUGUUACCGGAAAUCAAGCCAUGCAACAGGUGAAAGCUGGAUUAGAAUCGGUCUAUGUAUCAGGAUGGCAAGUAGCUGCUGAUGCGAAUGAGUCCGGGUCCAUGUACCCUGACCAAUCCCUCUACCCAGCAAACUCUGUCCCCUCUCUAGUUGCCAAAAUUAACCGCACCCUCCAACGCGCAGACCAACUCCAUUACGCCGAACAGGUCGAAAACGCUUCCCCAUCUCCCGUCUCCGACUGGUUUGUUCCCCUCGUGGCUGAUGCUGAAGCAGGUUUUGGAGGAGUCCUGAACGCCUUUGAGCUUAUGAAAGGCAUGAUCGAGGCUGGCGCGGCCGGAGUACAUUUCGAAGAUCAGCUUGCAUCCGCCAAGAAAUGUGGUCACAUGGGCGGCAAAGUCCUCGUCCCCACUCGAGAAGCUGUCGACAAACUCGUUGCUGCCCGACUGGCCGCCGACUCGAUGGGAGUCAACACCGUUCUCAUCGCCAGAACGGACGCUCAAGCUGCCAACCUCAUCACGAGCGAUGUUGACCCCAACGACCGACCGUUCCUGACUGGAGAAAGAACGCCGGAAGGAUUCUACAGGACAAAUCCUGGGUUAGACCAGAGCAUCUCACGAGCUCUGGCAUACGCUCCGGUUGCUGACCUUAUUUGGUGUGAAACGGCCACGCCCAACCUCGCGUAUGCCAAAGCCUUUGCUGAAGCCGUUCAUGCAGACUUUCCCGGAAAGAUGUUGGCCUACAACUGCUCGCCUUCUUUUAACUGGAGGAAGAAUUUGGCGGAUCAGGACAUUGAAAAGUUCCAAGAACAAAUUGCUGCAAUGGGCUACAAGUACCAGUUCAUCACUUUGGCCGGAUUUCAUUCACUCAACUAUGGAAUGUUUGAUCUUGCCUAUAAUUACUCGAGGGGAGGAAUGCCAGCGUUUGUCGACUUGCAAGAGAAAGAGUUUGCUGCUGCUGAUUUCGGAUUUUCUGCCGUCAAACAUCAACGAGAAGUGGGUACUGGAUAUUUUGACACGGUUACUCAGGUCGUCCAACAAGGUCUCAGCUCAACCACGGCACUCAAAGGGUCCACCGAAGAGGCUCAGUUUGUCCCAGAAAAAGGACAACAGGUUGGACAAAAAGUUGCUGCUGCCGCACACUAAUCAUCAUGCCGGAUUAGCUUUCGAAAAAUAUUUCGUAUGGUAAUCGAUCGUGAAUUAUGCAACCCUAAAAAUUUUUAAAUAGUACUUAUAUCUCGUUCGUGAAGGUUUAUAUUUUACGCUUUUUGAAUUGUUUCAUUUACAGAAUCUUGUAUAAUGUCUUUAUUCGUAAUGAGUAUUUUUUAUACAUAUUUAUUAUUUUAGAAAGUUUGCAAUUUUAGUAUUACAUGAUAAUUUAUUAUUAAUUUUAUCCAUAAAUGGCAUUGUAAGUUUUGAUUAUUGAUUUUUCUGCUGAUAAUUUAAUUCCCCCUUCACAAAUUAUUCAGACUUGGUAUGCCGUGAUGUACAUAUUUUUUGAGGUAUUGAUAUUAAUUUUAAUUUGUUUGUUUGCGAUUAAUUUUAGUUUUAAUGGAAUGAAUAAAGUUAAUUACUCUUAAUUUAA